GCAGGCGCAGGCGGGUGUCAGGGUGGAAGAUGGCGGCAAGCGGGCAGUGGGUCUUCUUACUUUUGUUGGUCGUGCUGCUUACUGGCGUUGUUGGGGAUGGGAAUCGGGCGAAGGCCAGCAAGAAGAAAAAAGACAUCCGCGAUUACAACGAUGCCGAUAUGGCGAGAUUGCUGGAGGAGUGGGAGAAAGAUGAUGAUAUAGAAGAAGGGGAUCUACCGGAGCACAAGAGAACCUCACCACCAAUAGACUUUUCCAAAAUUGAUGCCAGCAAUCCUGAAAGCCUUCUGAAGUUAACCAAGAAAGGCAAGACACUAAUGAUAUUUGUAACAGUGGCAGGAAAUCCCACUGAGAAGGAAACUGAAGAGAUUACCAGUCUUUGGCAAGGCAGUCUCUAUAAUGCAAAUUUUGAUGUACAAAGAUUUGUUGUUGGUUCUGAUCGGGCUAUAUUCAUGCUGCGUGAUGGAAGUUAUGCAUGGGAGAUUAAAGACUUCCUGAUCAAACAGGAACGCUGUGCAGAUGUCACAGUUGAAGGGCAGACGUAUCCAGGGAAAGGAGCCGAGAAAAAGAAAAAUGAAAUCAAGCCGGAUAAGAAAAAACAUACAGCAGCUUCACCAAAAAAUAAUCAGGCCAACAAAAAUGAGUUAUGAAGUAAUUGAGCAUUAUGUGUUGCCUUUUGAUGUUGGGAUUCUUUAAACUGGAGUUGCAGUCAGAUCCAUGAUCCUGGAUUUUGUAGCUCAUGGAAAGUAUUUGAAGUUGGAACAGGUCCUAAUGCGCAAGUGACUUACGGACCUAAUGAAAUCAACAUGGUUGCCACUGAAGUACAGUUAAUAAAAUCGACUCUGACUGCACUUUGCACCAUAACACUGAAUAGACUGUUUCUUCACGUGGUGAUAUUUAAAUGUAAAUCAGGUUUUUUGCCAUGAUCAAAGUACACUUUUCACAUUCUCAGACUACUUACUGUUGAUAAUUAUGGUGUUUGGAACAUACACACUGUAACUUCUGUGAUAACAUUGAAUGAGUUGUUUUUCAUUUACUAGUGUUGACUGUACAAAAUUUAAUUUGGACAGUAUGUGGGCACAAUUGGUACUGCAUUCAUGUUACUGUUACAUUUUUUGUUGGCAGCCUUUGUUUUGGUCAGUCUGUAUCUAAUUACAUUACAAUGGUAUACAUGAUAGUUAUAUGUGUAUUUUUCAUACAAAGGAAAAAUAUAGUUGUCAGUAACUUUUCCAAAGAGAAUUGCUCAAAAUUGUAUUUCAUUUUCCUGAACUAACUAUAAAUUGGUAAGUUUUUACAGAAUAAACCUGUGUAUGCAGUCAGAA